GAGGAUUGCGUGGAGAAGCUGAUUGAGUUGCUGUUCCGUUGUGAUUCGUCGUUUGACGCAUUGUUUGCCGUUACUGUACAACUCUUUCAUCGGACAUGGCGAGAAAUGCAUGCCUCUCAUGAUGAACACGAUAAGGUCGCGAAUGUUGUUCAAGAGCAGUUACGUCGUGCGGCGAAUAAUCGCCCAGUGACUCUGUCUAUGCUCGAGGACUUAUUGUCAGCAUUACCUUACUGGAAAAUGAAGGAGCUUUGGAAAAGAGAACUGAUCGAGAAGGAGAACAACCAAUUAAGCAGCGAAGUUGUUGGUGAGUUGCGCAAUUUGCUUAAACCAUCGAUCGAGCAGCUUAUUCGUACGAAUAGGAAGAAUGUGCUGAAGCAGGGUUUCACCUUCCGACGCCAAGUGAAAGGAAAGACUCCUCAUAAGGGUGAAGGUACGGACAUCUCGCUCUCUAUCAAGUUCUGA